GGGGAAUGUAAACACAAGUGAAAGGAUCUACAGGCGGUUGGUCAUGGGGGUUCUUCAAAGCCCAGGGGGGCUGCCUGAUCCCCUUCCAGGGUUCUCAGCUCUAGAUCCUCCAGGGGCGGCAGUGGCGCACAGACACCCACGGACAGCAACCGACAACUGAAAGGGAAAACCCCGCCAUUUCUCCAAGCCUCCCCACCAAAACCCCAAUCGGAGGUCUCCGCCCGUCGUUUGUCAUCGGCGCCAAGUAGAAUCCCGUCCUCCAGGGCUCCAGGUGCCCGGCUGGUCACCGGAAGGGCGCGGAGUGGAGUUCGGGGGAUGUCACUGCCCCGCCUCGGCUGACAGUCCCCCGGAGGCGGGAGGGAGGUCCACUUAUUUUUUCGAGUCAUCACGGCCCCGGCUUCCAUCGGGUUCCUUCCAGUCGGUAGACAUUUAUACGGUCCAAUCCCGUCUCCGUCUUCCGGAUCCGAAUUGCCACUUCCACCUCGUGUGAAACCAAAGCCAAGACACCAAGCAAAUUCACAAUGGCUUCCACUGCUCCUGUUGUCCGCCACGCCAGGCGCGAGGACGUCCCCGCCAUCCUCGGCCUCAUCCGCGAACUAGCCGACUACGAACACGCCCUCGACAGCGUCGAAGCCACCGAGGAAACCCUGGCGGCAACCAUCGCCUUCGCCCCUUCCGAUUCCUCCGUCGUCUCCCCCAGCCCCGAGACCGGCCUGCCCAUCACCGAACCCGUCUCGCCCUCCAAGCCCGCCCGCUGCCUGGUGCUGACCGACCCCGAGUCGGGAGUCGUCGUCGGCAUGGCGCUUUACUUUUACAACUACUCCACCUGGCGGGCGCGCCCCGGUAUCUUCCUUGAGGAUCUGUAUGUCAAGCAGAGCGAGCGGAAGAAGGGGUAUGGCAAGCGGUUGUUGGUGGAGCUGGCGAAGGAGGUGGAGGCCAUGAAGGGAGGCAGGCUCGAAUGGAACGUGCUCAAGUGGAAUGAGCCGAGCAUCAAGUUUUAUGAGAGCGAGGCGAUUGGGGCGCAGAUGAUGAGUGAGUGGGUGGGCAUGAGGGUUGAUGGGGAGGGACUGCCCAAGUUGGCCAAGUUGUUGGAUUAGAUGGUUGGUUGAAGGUUGGAAAAAAAGAAUAUACCCAUAGUUGGAAAGGGCAGUUUGACGCCUAGACAUAUGAUGUUUGUGUUGUGGUGCUUUUGACCAUGAAACGUGCUCGGGUAUCAUUUUCUACAAGUUGAGCAAAGUCCCUUUCUAUCCACCCAUACAUAUCCCAUCCCAAAUAACGGCCCGCAAACUGCGAUUACUGCUUGCCCUUCUUCUUCUUGGGCUCCGCUCUUACCGGUGCGCCCUCAAAGAACUCGAGAUCCGCCGAUGGUGCCACCGGCGGUUCAUACUUCUUCUGUCCCCAUUCUAUCUCCCACCCUUUUCCAUCCUUUCUCCUUUCCAUAACCGCCGUCAUCCGCCAGACUUGUUCCAACGUCCUCCUCCAUAACCUCGGCGUAUACCGAUGGCAAUUGAUGGGCUGUUGCUCCCCCAUCGGCAGAUCCUCGUCCACUUGCCCACUUAGCAACAUAUUCCUCCUACUCUUCUGCCGGUCCACCAACCAAAUCGGUUGUGUCGCAUACCUCUGCCAGUUCCAAUCCAGCACCGCCUCCUCUUGUGACUUGUCCUCCUUCGCCCAUACCAUCCUGCCCACCGUCCUCCUCUUGGGUACCUCCCACUCCUCCUUCUUAUUCACCAAAUCUCUCAGCAGCUCCCACUCCUCCCUCGGCACCGGCGGGAGCACCUUCUCCGCCACCUGCUUAUACGUCUUUUUCAACUUGGUCCUCCUCACCUUUUCAUUCAGUGGCCCGCCCCAGAUAUUUUCCUUGGGCACAUAUCGUUCCGGCGCCAACUGGUGGUUUGUAAUUUCCGGCUUGGGGCGGUUGACAAUCGGCGGCGCGUCGCCUCCCGUUUGACUCCUUACAAACGCCUUGAGCUUUUCCGUGUCCCAGUUAUCCAACCAGUCCGGUUUUCUGCCUUCCUUGACGAUGGCCCGCGCCUUGUUGAUGUAUUUUUGUAGUUCCUCGUCGCUGCUCGGGGUGUCGGGCUCUAAUAGUUCUGCAAGGAGCUGGCGGCGUUUGGCGCCCGUUCGGCCGAAUGCUAGCAACAAAAUGCGCCGCAUGCGCGGGAGGUCGCCGGCGUUGGCGGCGCGCAGGUAGCGCAGAUCGUGGUGGGCGCGCUUAAGACGGGUGGCGGUUUGGGGACAAGAGGACGGGUCGGAGGCGCGGUGGGCCCGGAAACGCGUGGUGAUGC